GAACUGUGCUUCUUCUUGUGGAUGGGUGUGCCGAAAUUUCCAAUUUAAUGACUUAAAAAACCAAAACCUUAAUCAAAAUGAUGAACGCGCUCGACAAGCAGUUGGCGGACCUCCGCAUAUACGCGAACGAGCUCGACGCGAAGCUGCAGGAGGACAUGAACGCGGUGAAAACGAAGCCGUCGAUACCGCCCAAAAAAACCAAAGCGCCGCGACCGCAGAUCCCUCAGAGCUGCACGGUGAAGUCGGCCUGCGAGCCCUCGUACUCCUCGCGGCUGGAGUACGGCAGCCGGAGCGGGUCCACCUACUCCAACCUGGUGCCGGUGAAGAGCUGCAUCGUGAGGAACUCGGCGCGCGCUCGCAGCGGUGACGUGCUGCUGUAUAGCAACCUGCUGCCGCCGGGCGGGACCAACCACGUGUAUACGAACCUGCCGCGCGCGGGAUGCGAGCCGCGCGGGGGGGGGCACCAGCCGCCGCCGCCGCCCAGCGACGCCUCCAGCUACAGCGAGCUGCGCCGCGCCUACCCCCCCGCUUACCCCCCCUCCUCAGCCUCCAUCAACGCUCAAGACUUCUCAACGUACGGCGGCUCGCAAGCCUCGUCCACGUAUGAGUCUCUGUACGAGCCCAUCAACCCGCGCCCCUGCAGCCAGCUGUCUGGCGCGUCCCUCUACAGUGGCUAUGUCGGACCGUCGUCCACUGCCAUCUCCGAGCCGAUACCUGAGCCUGAUGAGCAGCUGUACUGUGGGAACUGCUACAGAUGUGGGGAGAAGAUCAUGGGCGAGACGACUGGCUGUACGGCUAUGGAGAGGAUCUAUCACAUCAAGUGCUUCUGCUGUCAGCAGUGUGGCAUCAACCUGCAGGGUCGUCCAUUCUAUGCAGUGCAAGGGAAGGCUCUGUGCGAAAGAGACUACUUAGACACAUUAGAGAAAUGUUGCGUCUGUUCGGAACCGAUCCUGGACCGCAUCCUGCGAGCCACGGGCAAGCCGUACCACCCGCACUGCUUCACUUGUGUGGUGUGUCAGAAGAGUCUUGAUGGAAUACCCUUCACUGUAGAUGCUGUUAAUAGGAUCCAUUGUAUUGAGGACUUUCAUAAAAGAUACGCCCCCCGAUGCGCUCGCUGCCGCCAGCCCAUAGUCCCCGACGGCAGCACAGAAGAAACCGUCCGCAUAGUGGCCCUGGACUCAUCCUUCCACCCGUGGUGCUACUCCUGCGCAGACUGCGGUGCUUCGCUAUGCAGCAAACAGGAGGGCCGAGGCUGCUACCCGCUAGACGACACUCUGUACUGUAGAGAGUGCAAUGCCAAGCGCAUACAGGACCUGGCGCGGACCAUCCAUUGAGGUACCACCACACACAACCAGACCGAUAGAACGACGAAGGCUGAGGAUUUUUUAUAAUGAUGUUUUUACUUAUAAUGUUUGUAUGUAUUGUUAUGUAGUUGCAUGCUGUGAAUAGUUGUAAUAUGUGCUUUUGCAUGUUUCCUAUUUUAAUUAGUAAUUAAUUAUAUUAUCAUUCCAAGUAAAAUGUGUAAAAUAUGCGAAAAUUUAGUGCAUAUAGAUUUAAAUAUGAGCAUUCUUGUAUUAAGUUAUAUGUAAGUUUUUCAUGUAUAUUUAGUGCCAGAUAUUGCAUUUAUUAAUUGUAAUUUUAGUACUUAGUUUAUAAUAAUAAGGCUGUGAAAAGCUGUCCCCCUUGAAAGUUAUUAAGUUUGCAGUAUUAUCCUUGUAAGAUAUUGAUGUAACUAGUUCGUGUAUUCAAUGUAAGUUAUAAGCUCCAUUGUUAUGAGAUUUUACGGAGCUAAACUGUAGCAAUUUAUAAUCAGGUUCACCCUUACAAUAUACGAAGAUCUCUAAACUAAAAUAAUUAGUAAGUAUAGUAUACCCACUGCUGUAUACACUUAUGUGCAAUUUAUCAUCAUCACAUCAUAAUGAACUACCCUAUGUGCCAUUUUUAUUUUUAACAGUUGUGCCUAUUUAUAUUUAUCAGAUUUUACCUACUUGAAUCAUAUGCACUUAGCUAAGGAAAUUUUAAUAGUAUAUCACUGAAAAUUUACUAUGUGUUGUUUCAACUAAUCAUUAUGUUAUCUAAUCGAGAUAUCAAUUAUUAUCAAU